GAAUUGGAAGUUUGUGUACGUUUUGCAGAUUGAUCCGCCGGAGGAGAGCGAGCAGCAGAAUGCGGCAGUGAUGGGGGCGGCUGCGGCGGCGGCGGCGUCGACGGGUGCGAAAGGUUUAACAGCAGCAGGUGACGUGGGUGACGGAGCCGGAAGUUCGGACGAUGCAAACACUCCGCUGCAAUCCCCGAAAUCUCAGAACACGAGCCACGAGGACGAAGAGGAAGAGGAGGAGGAGGAAGAGGACGAAUCCUCGAACGCCAACGAAUCCGACUGCAAAAGCCCGACCAACCAGAGGUGUGUGGAAGACAAUGAUGAUGAUGAUGAUGAUAAGGGGGGCGAGGAGACGGCGAAAGCGGCCACACAGAGCUGGAAGAAUCUGCGUGCGGUCAUGGCCUAUUACCAUUCGCUGCGCAAGAUCAAGAGAACGAAAUCCAAUCAACGAUGGAUGAAGCUCAGGACGACCGUGCAAAUCUCGUCCGCCAUGCAGAAGUUUAUCUUUCAGAAGCCGCCGCUGAAGCGCGAAGACUCCUUCCUGCAGCGCUUCUCGACGCGGCAAAUCCCGGAAACCCAAGAGACCGUCGAGGAUACCGGAAGCGAGGGCGGAACCGGAACGGACGGUGCGACGACGUCGCGACGCCGACGCCGUGUUCGAAAGCAGCCGCGAAGCGUCGUCAAUCCGGACGAGAACUUCUACUUCCACUGGUUGCUCGUCCUCACCUGCUCCGUUCUGUACAAUCUCUGGUCGCUGAUCGUGCGCCAGAGUUUCCCCGAAUUUCAGGCUUUGCUCUCCCGUUUCUGGUUUGCGUGCGACUCCCUCAGCGACGUUUUCUUCCUGCUCGACGUUGUGGUUCAGCUCCGGACUGGUUACCUGGAGCAGGGUCUGAUGGUCUACGACUCGAAAAAGCUGGCCAAACACUACUUGACGUCACGUGCCUUCUUGCUGGAUCUGGCGGCCCUCUGUCCGCUCGACCUGCUGCAGAUUCGCUUAGGUCCGCAGCCCCUACUUAGGUUUCCUAGAUUUUUAAAGGUAUACCGGGCGGUCAACUACUACUACAUGGUGGAAUCGCGUACCGUCUAUCCGAACCUCUGGCGGGUUGUCAAUCUCAUCCACAUCCUGCUUAUCCUCGCCCACUGGUUCGGAUGCUUUUACUUUCUCCUCUCCGAGGCCGAAGGAUUUCAGGGUGAUUGGGUGUAUCCAUACCGUCCAGGGGAUUACGCGACGUUGACGCGCAAAUAUUUGGGCUCACUUUACUGGUCCACGCUGACUCUGACGACCAUCGGGGAUCUGCCGACGCCCGAAACUAAUGCCGAAAAGACGGACUCUGUGGACGGUCCGAGGUCGUUGCCGCGCAGGGGCGUCAAAUCGCGACUUCUGCAGUUCAACAACAACGGCGGAUAUGUGUUCACAAUCGUUUCUUAUUUGAUAGGUGUAUUUAUAUUUGCGACAAUAGUAGGUCAAGUUGGAAAUGUGAUAACGAAUAGAAACGCCAAUAGGCUCGAGUUCGAGAGGCUCCUGGAUGGGGCCAAAACAUACAUGCGGCAUCAUAAGGUACCUGGUGGAAUGAAGAGGAGGGUGUUGCGAUGGUACGACUAUUCUUGGUCGCGCGGUCGUAUCCAAGGCGGCGGCGACAUCAAUACGGCUCUGGGUCUGCUCCCGGACAAGCUGAAGACUGAGUUGGCGCUGCACGUGAAUCUGAGCGUCCUGAAGAAGGUGACCAUCUUCCAGGAGUGUCAACCGGAAUUCCUGCGUGAUCUCGUGCUAAAGAUGAAAGCCUACAUCUUCACGCCAGGUGAUUCCAUAUGCAGGAAGGGAGAGGUUGCAAGGGAGAUGUUCAUCAUCGCCGACGGCAUCCUCGAAGUGCUCAGCGAGGCAGGACGAGUUCUCACGACUAUGAAGGCUGGAGACUUUUUCGGGGAAAUCGGCAUCCUGAACCUGGACGGAUUGAAUAAGCGCACUGCGGAUGUCAGAUCAGUUGGAUAUUCUGAACUGUUUUCGCUCUCGCGUGAAGACGUUCUUAACGCUAUGAAGGAUUACCCGGAAGCUCAGGAGAUUCUUCAGGCUCUCGGUAGAAAACGGUUAAUGGAAGUGAAAGCAUCUGCAAGGCAAUACCACAAGGAGCAGAAGGAGCAAGCUGCUCACUCGGCGGAUGGAAAAGGACUCGUCGAUAAAAUCAAGAACGAAGCCAAAGAACUUUUUGAAGGUGACUACAAUCCCACUUUCAAAACAACGCGCCCAUUAUUCUUGGAGGGGUUGAGAAAUGCGUUGAGAAAGACGCGCACUCAUCGGAGAUCGCAGGAAUCGUUGGAGCUGCAGCCUCUUCAUUCGAAGGAGAGCAACGGCUCGAAAGGUGUACUGAGGAGGAUGCCGAGAGUUCGAUCUCACGAUCUCAGUCAGGACGAGGAGAAGAAGGAAGCAGCCGGUGAUCAGCCUGACGGAGAAAAGGUGAUUUCACCUCUAGGUGCAGGUCUUCCUUUGCUGGCUAGACUCAGGCUGCUGAAGGAGAAGCAAGAGCGAGAGGAACGCGAAAGGCAGAAUGCGACCUGCGCGACGCCGUCCAUCCUGUCUCCUUCGCCGUCGAGCGUGAAGAGUCCACCGCCGGUACCGGAGGAGUCACAUCCGCAGGAGGUGAUCGGUGCCGGACUGCCGCUCCUGCAACGCCUCCUGCUGCUCAAAGCGAAAGAGGACAAGACUUCGGGACCCAGCCAACCCACAUCGCCGACAGCCCUAAAUUUUGCGCCAUCUUCUCAAAGCAAACAGCGAGCCUCAAUAUCAGUAGCAGCAUUGUCGACGAGUGCUGCAAGUGCCGUUGGUGUUAGUCAUGCAGCGUCAGGUGGAGGUGCCGGGCAAUCGGCACCUCCACCUCCCAAGAACCUGUUAACAGUAAGCGCGGCAAAACCUGCGACCGGAAAAAUAUCCUUCAAGGACCGACUCAAGUUGCUCAAGGAGCCCAAAGAGGUGGUGAUAGUCGUUAAACCAGAACCGUCCAGCGCGAGCGCCCCAGAAGUGCAAAGUGAUAGUAACAGUAGUGAAGCGCCGUGGAGCAAGCUUAAGAAGGCGGCGAUAGUGCGCGAAAUCGAACCUUCAACCUCGACGCCUCCACCGCUACCUCCGCCACCGCCACCUCCUCCUCCACCUUCGACGACGUCAUCCACAUCGCAAACAUCGAAGGUGGCUGAGAUCGUCGGCAUCGAGGCUAAACCCAGUGCGGUGCUCAUCAGCAAACCGAGUUUAGUGUUGACGCGCAGAACGAAACAUUACCGCUCCAUCGACGAUCUCUCACCAGAGUACGGCGGUUUACCAUUCGUCAAGAAACUAAAAAUUUUGAACGAAAGGCAAAAACUGGAGGAACUCGAGACGGUGAUGAAGACUCGCAGCUUCAGCCUGGACAUCCCCGAUUCGCAGGCCAUAGACGGCACCGAGAAUCUCACCAGAUCGCACUCCGAGGGCAGCACGAUGCACCAGAAGGACCUCCUCACGACUCAACUGCUGCCGAGCCCUCUGCACUCCAGUACCGAAUCCAACGAAACACUAGAAAGGCGGAAUCUCAAGUCGAUACUGAAGAAACUCUCGGAAGAAACGAAUCAACAGCAGCAGCAACAGCAGCAACAACAGCAGCAGCAGCAGGAAAUACAAUCGGCAACGACGACGAUGCCAGAUAAGAUCGAUUCCACCGAAUUUCGUAAGCUAAUGAGGGCGCCCACGAUCGAAGGUUACGCAGCGCGGCACAGCAAAUUAUCAAAGAGUGUUACCUUUAAUAGAGAUACACUUCAGAGUCCUCCAAACAGUGCGAAUAUCGUGGGCGCAGCGGAUGCGCUCUUUCCAUUCUCAGGCAAUUCACAUACAGGCAAUGGCAUCGAUAGGAGCGGCGGAGAGGAGGGCAAUCACCAAGAACUGGAGAAGUGCGGCAUACAGAUCAUCUCCCCUAAAACCAAUCAAAUCAAAUACGGCAAAGGAUCAUUAGAUGAUGAGCAGCAAUACUUUGCGGAUAUCCUCUUCGCCAUCAAGCAGGUAAUGAGCAAUCAUUUGGUAGACAUGCAGGAUAAGUAUGAGCAGAGGAUCCAGCGGAUGCAGGAGGAGAUUCGGGCGAAGGACGUUACCAUAGAACAGCUGAGGGCGCACAUUGUUGAGCUGGAGAUGGCGGCUGACGAUUCGUUCACGGACUCGAUUGAGACUGUGGUUUCCGGCAGGGACCGUUCCUGGGACGAUCUGAAUCGUCAUGAAUCGACGGAAGUUGAGCAGUUGCCGCAGACGCCGCUGAUGCCACAAUCCGUUUGGUCAUCCCCGAAUCAUCGUCGUCACUCGCAGCAACAGCAGCUACAACAACACCAUCAUCAUCAGCAACAGUCACAGCAACAGCAGAGGAGGAUGGAUGAGAGUUGCGUCCUCGAUAUAGACUCGAACACAGACACCGAAUCUGAGCUGGGGGACUCGUCGGAGCCGGGCUACGAGUCCGGCGAGUACGAAAACACCAGCUCCAAUUGGGAGAUCGAAAUGUUGGCGGCGCAGAUGCGUCAUCACAGGAGAUCAGCGAGUCUUGACCACGCGAGUUCUCGUCCCGUCCGUCGACGAUUCACGCGCGGCAGCAGCGCGGAUACUAGGCGCGACUGAUACACCGUCACCCUCUGCAUCAUCCUCACGACCAUCGACUGAAACACAAACAAACACUAAGUCACCUUCUUCACCUCAUCUUCAUCAAUCAACAUAAAAAAAAAUGAUCAUCGACUUCGCGUCGUCGGCGCAGACAAGCACAAGCAAACGAGACGAAGAACUUAAAUGAACACGAUGAAAUACAACAUUUAAAUUAACUAUUUAAAUAAAUAUAUUUAUAGAGUACGGGUCUCGAGACGGAAGAUUUCGGGAUUUAAACAUAUCAAGUUCCCCGCCUCAACAAACAAAAAACAAACAAAAACAAAACAGAAACGUAAGAAACACCAAGCGAACAGACUAGACUAGCCUGUACAUACAUAAUUAAUUAAUUAAUUACGGUGCAUCGCACAGGUGUUUUUCAAACUUUCGCAAAUUAAUUACUAUUAUGAUUACAUCUAUAAUACUUACAUAAUUACUUUUAAAAACACUGAAACAGGAACAGUUAAUUCAGGUCCAACUGAAGCGUCCAUCCGACAACUGAAAUUACUUUAAAAAACAAAAUUCUCCAUAGCAACCAAACAAAUUAUGUGCAAUGAGCACCAACGUUUAAAAAAAAAUAAACAAACACCUUUGCGAAGUCACCGUGAAUAUAUAUACUACCCUUAACCCUCCCGUGUGACACUUGUGAUCUAAUUAUCAAAUUUAAGUAUUAUAUAGGGUGCCAAAAGGAUUAAAAAGCGAGCAAUCUGUGGAAACAGAUUGUAUUUGGUCAUUACAUUUUGUUGAUUUGCAACAAGUGAAAAUUAAUCAGUGGCGUAUCAUGAAACUGGCGUUACGCCACUGGACACAGUCGAAGCACGAUCAAAAUUUAGCUGAAUGGAAAUGCCACUAAAAGUAUACAUCCGCAACAACUAUGUAGUAAUAAAUUUCAAUAUAUAUAUUGCAACAAUAUCCAUAAUUUGCAAAUUAAUUUGUGAGCAAGACAUAGAUGGCGCCAUUAACUUAGAUCACGUUUUCUUUAAUUUGUUGUAGUUUUUUUUUUGUCAUUUAUGUUAAUAAUUGUGGUAAUUUAGUUGAAGAUGACCAUUGCCGAAUAAAUAAAGAGAA